CAAAUCAUGUGCGCCAGCGUUGGACUUUGGAAUCAUCAAUGGAUUAAUUUUCGUAUAAAACAACAAGGUGUAGAUCAGCUUGCACUAUUUCUAGCUGGAACCUAGAACACGCACGCACACGCACAUAUCGAGCUUAGUACCUACAAUGGCAACUUCUUCUUCUCCCUCGUCCACGGCGAUCCAGAUAACUCCACCGACCGCCACCAAGGACGUUGAUGACGACGAUGAGAUACCAGCCCCUGACACGGUACCACCGCCAACGGCAACCCCUACCAUGGACAGGGUCAUGUCAGGCGUGGCAAACCUUGCGCAGCUCCUGCCAACGGGCACUGUGCUGGCAUACCAGGCGCUAAGCCCGUCCUUUACCAACCACGGCAAGUGCGAGACCUCCAACCAGUGGCUCACCGUGGCGCUGGUCGCCGUCCUCACCGUCAUGUGCCUCUUCUUUUCUUUUACCGACAGCAUCGUCAGCCGUGACGGAAAGCUCUACUACGGCGUAGCCACUCCGCGCGGCUUCAACGUGUUCGACUUCUCCAGGGAGGACGAGAGCCAUGAGUGGAGCAGGGACCAGCUCCGGAGUCUCCACCUCCGGCCGCUGGACUUCGUGCACUCCUUCUUCGCGGCCGUGCUUUUCCUCACAGUGGCGUUCAGUGAUGUGGGGCUGCAGAACUGCUUCUUCCCGGACGCCAGCAGGAACGCCCAGGAGCUGCUCAAGAACCUGCCACUCGGCAUGGCUUUUCUAUCCACCGUUGUGUUCGCCAUCUUCCCCACCAAAAGGAAGGGAGUCGGAUUCAGCGACUCUACUCCUCGCCCGAAGGUUGAUCACUUAAAUUAGUUAUGUUUCAUGGCUUGGAUUUUUCUUAUUUUUAAGACAAUGUACAACGUCGAUGCAUGAAUUUUCCUGCCAACUUUUAAAAAAAUAGUGUAUGGUUAUAUGCACCAAUCGAUGAAUAGAUGAUGGGUCAUUCUCCUUUAA